UUUCGUUCCCCUCUACAAAACCCGCCACGCGUCUCAGACUUUUUGGGCGUCGAGGGUGAUACAAAAAGGCAGCAACCGACUCGUGCCCUGCAAGCUCGAAGAGGAAGAAGAGCGAGGGCGAGAGCGAUCCGAAAACAAUGGAUUUGAGGAAGGCGGAGGAAGAAGAUGACGCGAACUCAACCAUGGCAGCAGGCGGAGGAGAAGUCGACUCCAGCUUCGCUCUCCGAUCCUUCCUCGACCGCAUCCCCAUCGCCUCCAUCCCCGACCUCAAUCUCUCAUCCAAAUCAUGCGUAGUUCCGGAGUUAAAGCCUGAUGAUUGUGUAUUAGAUGCAAUCAAUUUGAUGUACAAAAACAAUGUGUCUGGUGCAAUGAUUGUCGAAAAUGUCGACACUGAUUUCCAGACAUUUGUCAAUCGGCAUAUCGGCUUCAUCGAAUUUUCAAGCCUGGUCUUGUGGUCUCUUGAGGAGUUCAGUAAUGUGAAUGCUGAGAACAAAAUCAGUGAUCAUGGGUUUCUCUCAGCACUAGAACAGACUUCUCAGAUUGCGCGGACAAAGAUAGGAGAGUUGGCAAAGUUAUUCUUGUGGGAACCCUUCUUUCCCAUUUAUGAGCAUGACUCGCUAUUUCAUGCUUCUCUGCUCUUCUCAAAGCAUCAUCGGUUGAAUGUCAUACCAGUUGUUAACUCAUCAAACCCUACCGUGGUUGGCUUCGUUACUCAGAAUGCAGCACUACAGUUGCUACUCCAGUCUAGCGGGUUGGAUUGGUUCGAUAAGAUCACAGACAAAGCUCUGUCGGAUUUUAGGUUCAAGGAUGCUAGUAGGCCGAUUUUCAUUUUCUCUGAUCAGAGCCUGGCUGACGUAUUGCAUAUCAUGUGGGAGGAACAAUUGGAUGGAGUUGCGGUGGUCGGUCGCAAAACUGGAACUCUGGUUGGAUGUGUGAGGCGUAGUGAUGUCUAUCUUCUUUUGGAGGAUGACUCCAUUUUCGGCAAAAGGAAGACACUUACAGCUGAAGAUUUUAUCAAAUCGAGUGCUCGAACAAGCGACCGGAGCUCGUCGGCAGAAGUAGAGUCUGAUCGCAACACACUCUGCUUAAAGAAUGAGCAACUUCCCGAAAUGACUGCUCCAGUAAGCAGUCGAAAUACUGACAGCCUCAAGCAGGCAAUGCAGAAUCUCGUGGCUUCGAGAAGUGGUUGCAGCUUCAUGGUUGAUGAGUCAGGGCACGUCAAAGGUUUUGUGACGGCUAGAGACAUCAUUUCAGUUUUCUCUCCGCUGUGCAUGGAUUCGAGAAUCGACGGCGGGAGCUUCUUCAGCACUGCAUUGGAGCAAGCUGGUUGCCAUGUGGAGGGUGGAGUUAUAAUCGAGAAUUAGGCCGCCGCAUGAAUAUCUUGUUCGAUAUAUUUCUUUAAUUUACUUAUUGUACAUUUGAUUAAUAAGGAGCAUGAUUAAAUAUUUAGAAUGACUUAUAUUCAUACUUUAAGCCAAUUUUUUUAGAAUUAAGAUAAGUAAAAAAAUUUGUAGGUAAUAUAUGUUAUCCAAUCAAA